AUGAAACCCGAACGCAAUGUGAUGAUAGCGGCCACCGGAAGUGUGGCCACCAUUAAGAUGGCCCAGUUAAUCCGGGAGCUCUCCGACGAGCGCCUGCCCUUUAAAUUCCACCUGAAAGUCCUGAUCACCGAGUCAGCCAAGCACUUUUUUGAACUGGAGCAAAUACCCGAGAAUGUACCCAUUUACCACAACCGCGAUGAGUGGAUCACCUGGAACAAGCGAGGAGAUCCCGUCCUGCAUAUUGACCUAGGCAAGUGGGCGGAUCUCCUGGUGAUUGCGCCCCUCAGCGCCAAUUCCCUCUCCAAAAUGGCCACCGGGAUUUGCGAUAAUAUUGUGAUGUGCGUGGUGCGGGCCUGGGAUCUUCAGAAACCUCUACUCUUCGCCCCGGCGAUGAACACUCGCAUGUACGACCAUCCAAUAACCCGGGAGCAGAUCGACAAGCUAACCAGUUGGGGCUACAAGGAGAUACCCUGCAUCUCCAAGACCCUAAUGUGCGGCGAUACCGGAAACGGAGCCAUGGCGGAGGUACCCACAAUUGUGGAGGCUGUUUUAUCUGCCUUUCAGCCGCAAAAUUAACUUAGUCCAGACAUUGUGUAUGCACACAGAGUUUAUAUCGCAGAAUAUUUUGUUACAAUAAUUAGACAAAUACUAGGGAAUUGGCUAUGAAA